AUGAAUGAAAUAAUUCAUGUCAUAUUGUUUUGUGCCAUUUUCAUUCAUUUUCCUGCUUCUUUAAAGACUGGAUCGUGUUUAUAUGGCAAUUGCACUGAAACUUCUAAUUCGACAGAUGUGAUUGUAAUAUGUGAUUCGGUUGAUGAUCCCUUAACAUCCAUUUCAGAAAAUGUCACCAUACUUAUCUAUGUCAACACGAGAAACAACAGUGUAAUUAACAAUCUGUGCUUUAAGACCUUCAAGAAAUUAAGGGUAAUAAACCUGAACAAUAAUAUGCUGAGUAGCAUUCCAAAAGGAUGUUUUUCUGAUUUUCCUUCUCUUGAGAAUCUUAGCAUAUCAAACAACGACCAUCUUGGAUUGGAUAAUCUAUACAAUGCAUUUUUUGGACUCAAUAAUACCAGAAUAAAACACCUUUAUGCAAAUAAUAUUAACCAGGUGGAAAAGAUCUAUCCGUUUCCAAAGAAUAUAUCUCUUCUGCUUAAAAGCACAUCACUGCAGUUGUUACACUUGGCGUACAACGAAAUUCAAAUUCUAGAAUCUGGGGCGAUAUUUUCGUUGCCACAGACACUUCUAGAUGUUUCAAUCCAUGGAAACCGAAUUGAAGCAGUACCUGAUUUGUUGGAGAUAGGACAUCUUAAAAGUCUAAUUCGACUGGACAUGAGCUUCCAAUGUUCCACACGUAAAUACCGCUCCAGACUUCGAAGACGAGUACAUUUCAAACCAGAUUUUGAAAACCAUACGAUCGAUGAGUUUUGCAAUUCGGAGGUGUCACAAGAAAGUAAAAUUCUAAUGGCACUUCCAUCUAGUUUAAAAACAUUGAUUUCCUCGGGUAUGAUAUCGGGGUCGACCUGCAUUCCACCAAUAAAUAUCGGACGUGACAGCAUGCUUGAGUACAUUGACUUAUCAAUAGAUGCAUAUUACAAGUGGAUUGGUCCCAUUAAUGUUACCAAAUCUAAUCAAAUCAGGGUUCUUAUUUUAUCGCACAAUCAAUGCCAAGAUAUCAAUACUGGAUAUUUUGACAAUUUGGUGAACCUCUCUACGCUAGAUAUAAGCCACAAUUUCCUGGGACCUUUCUUUAAGCGCAAUGAGAGCAAAGAAAUCUUUCAGGGACUGAAAUCUUUAAAGAAUCUAACAGUGAGUUACAAUUUUAUAAGCCAAGUGCCUGAAGAUCUUUUAUUACAUAACAAUUUGUUAGAAAAGCUGGACAUCAGUAAUAAUGCACUAGAAAUUUGGAACAUUAGCAUCAACCAUCUUAAAGAAUUAACAUCCAUUGAUUGUUCCUUCAACAAGCUUGAAACUCUUCCAAAAACAAUCAGAGAUGGUUUGGAUGAAAUAAGUCUUUCUCAUGAAAUUACCCUAGAUUUUCAUCAUAAUAAGAUUUUAUGUUCCUGCGAAAACGUGGAAUUCAUCAAUUGGAUUUUCAAAUCAAGAGUGCUUAUACAUUUAUCAGAAGCCGACCAGUGCACAGGAUAUAGUGGAAAUAUUACCCAUGCCUAUGUGUAUUUAAAUAAGGAAUGUAGCAAGAAUCUCGACAGAAGGGAAUGGCUUUAUCCAUUUCAGUUCAUUGCUGUUCUUUUUAUUCUCUCUGUUAUGGCUAUUGUAGGGUACAAGAAACGCUGGGCUAUUAUUUAUCGCUGGUACUUGUUUCGUCUGCAUAGAAAAGGAUACACUCCAAUCGGGUGUGAAGAUGGCUUUCAAUAUGACGCCUUUCUGUCUUUUGCAGAUGAGGAUAGGGCCUUCGUUGAUAAAGUUGUGGAGCAACUGGAGGAAGAUUCCGACAUUCAAUUUAAGCUUUGUGUGCAUUACAGAGACUUUACUCCGGGAAAAUCAAUUUCCAAAAAUAUUGUAUCAGCUGUUCACUCCAGCAAAAAGACAAUCGUGUUCAUGUCGCGUGCGUAUCUCAAAAGCCAUUGGUGUAAUUACGAACUGCGCAUGGCGGUAACAGAGGAGAGUCACAUGAACCGCAAAGUAAUUAUAAUGACUCUCCUUGAGGAAAUACACAGAGCAGAGCUUUCGUUAGAGGUCUUACAGUAUUACCAAAAGAACAGUUACAUUGCAAGACCAAACAACGAGCAAGAAAUGAAACUGUUCUUAAAAACUUUGAAAGGGGUAGUGGCAAAUGAUUUACUUUAG